UUAGGAGACACACAAAAGUGGGAAAUAAAGACAGGUUGGGGUCUCUUGGAAGGGGGAGGAGGCAGAGACAGAUGCACAGGUGGGGCACAGAUUGGAAAGAGGCAUUUGUUUCAGGGUAAACAGAGAGUGGAAGUCUGAGGUGAGGUGGAGCACCACUAUUCAAGGACAGGUCGGACUGGUUUCUCCCUCCACAAUACCUGUGUCUCCCUGCUCGCGCACAUUUAUACUUGACAAGGAAGGAAAGAGCGAACCAGGCAGAUACUGGGAAAAGGGUUUACAGGCUCCUCGGAACAUUUCAAGAGUUGGCCCUGAGAGGAAUUAAACAUGCCCGAGGAUGAGGAAUACUUUGGAAAGAAUGGCGAGCCGAGGAAGUAUGACCCGACCUUCAAGGGCCCAAUCCAGAACAGGAGCUGCACGGACAUUGUCUGCUGCAUCUUCUUCAUUCUUGCCAUACUGGGUUAUAUUGCAGUUGGAAUACUUGCCUGGUCCCAGGGUGACCCCAGGAAGGUGAUUUAUCCCACGGACAGCCGAGGCCAGUUCUGCGGGCAGGCUGGCACCCCACUUGAGAAAAAGCCGAUGCUGUUCUACUUCAACAUCAUGAAGUGUGCCAGCCCCAUGGUGCUGCUAGAGUUCCAGUGUCCUACCACACAGAUGUGUGUUGGGAAGUGCCCGGAAAAGUUCUUGACCUUGGUCAAAGCUUACACAAACAGCAAAGACUUUGAUUACUAUAAGCAAUUCUGCAAGGAAGGUGUUACUAAUUCAAUGGGUAUUCCAGAAAUCCUCAGGUUGGGUCUCUGUCCUGCCAUGCUGACCCCCAGCAAACCCUUCACUCGCAGGUGUUUCCCAGCAUUGGGACAGAAAGGAGGGGUGAUUACUGUGGGAAACAACUCUCACUUUGAUGACGGAAGCGGAACAAUUCGAGAUGCAAAGGAUCUUAUGGAUGGAGUCAAGAAUGCCACUGUGGUUAUUGAGGCUCGACAGGUGGUCAUGAAGAUCUUUGAGGAUUACACGCAGUCCUGGUACUGGAUCCUGUUAGGGUUGGUUAUCGCUAUGCUCACCAGCCUGCUCUUCAUCGUCCUCCUUCGCUUCUUGGCAGGGAUCAUGGUCUGGAUCAUGGUUGCCUUGGUGAUAUUGGUAUUAGGAUAUGGUAUCUUUCACUGUUACAUGGAGUACGCUGCCCUGAAAGAAGAGCCAGGUGCUGAUGUGACGCUACAAGAACUUGGUUUCCAGACAGACUUCACAAUCUACCUGCAGAUCAGACAGACCUGGCUGGCCUUCAUGAUUAUCCUGGCCAUUGUGGAGGUCAUCAUCAUCCUGCUGCUCAUCUUCCUCAGGAAGAGGAUUCUCAUUGCUGUUGCUCUCAUCAAAGAAGCCAGCAGGGCCAUUGGGCAUGUCAUGUCCUCCCUCUUCUACCCGUUGUUUACUUUCGUCCUCCUCGCCAUGGUGAUUGCCUACUGGGCUGUAACAGCUGUCUUCUUGUCUACCUCUAAUGAACCCAUCUACAAAGUUUUUAACGAUACAGAAUGCGAACACUCAAGAAAAACCUGCGACCCUGCCAACUUCACCACCAGUCCCAUGAAAUAUCAGUGCCCUGACUCCGAGUGCCUUUUUGCCUUCUACGGAGGAGAAACUGUUUACCACAAGUACCUGAUCGGCUUGCAGUUCUACAACGUCUUUCUCUUCUUCUGGUGUGCCAACUUCGUCACAGCUCUGGGACAGAUGACCCUGGCCGGAGCGUUUGCUUCAUAUUACUGGGCCUUCGUAAAGCCAGACGACAUGCCUGCCUUCCCUGUGUUCUCCUCCUUAGGAAGAUCUCUUAGGUAUCAUACAGGAACUUUGGCGUUUGGCUCACUCAUCCUCUCAAUCAUUCAGAUCAUCAGGGUUUUGCUUGAGUAUCUGGACCACAAGCUUAAAGAUGCCCACAAUAAGUUCACCAAGUUUCUGAUGUGCUGUCUGAAGUGCUGCUUCUGGUGUCUGGAGAAAUGCAUCAAGUUCCUGAACAGAAAUGCUUACAUCAUGGUGGCAAUAUAUGGCAAAAACUUUUGCACCGCUGCCAAAGAUGCCUUCUUCCUGCUCAUGAGGAACAUGAUCAGGGUUGCUGUCUUGGACAAAGUGACAGAUUUCCUCUUGUUUUUGGGCAAACUGCUUAUUGUUGGGCUCGUGGGGGUCUUUGCCUUCUUCUUCUUCUCUGGCAGAGUGAAGGCGUUUGAAAAUACAGCUCCACAUCUCCACUACUACUGGGUGCCCAUCUUGACGGUGGUGGUUGGCUCCUACCUGAUCGCCCAUGGAUUCUUCAGUGUGUACGCCAUGUGUGUGGACACUCUUUUCCUCUGUUUCUGUGAAGACCUGGAGCGCAAUGAUGGGUCAGCUGCAAGGCCUUAUUACAUGUCCUCCACUCUUCACGAGAUUUUGUGGAAGAAUGAGGCUGAGGAUCCCUCUUCGUCUUCUGCUCAAGAACAGGACGACAAAGUCAAACAGCAGCUGGCUCAGGAGGAGGAUGCAGCUUAAGAAAGAGGACUUUUGGGGAAAAGACACUGUUUGCCACUGUGUCAUCACUUUGCUAGUUUCAAAGACUAACUGAAGUUAUGACAUUAAGGAGCUGGUGCUUUGUUGUCUGUCGGGAAAAAUUCAGCUUUGCGUCAAAACCGUUCAUCGUGCAGAAGUUGUUUAUAGAACAACUGCAAGACAAAAUGCCUUAAAAUAGCAAUGAUUCAGUUUUAUUCAGUAGUGUUAUUGAAUUGCACCUGAGUGUUGCAAAUUUCCCGGAAUCUCUCGGCUCAAGGAAACAGGAAACAAGAUGCUAAGAAAUGCUCUUAACCAACACAUAACAAGCUGUAUAGUUACCUUUAUUAAGCACUGAGACUUUAGCUUUUUCCACAUGAAGAAACUGUGAGUAUUUAAACUGUAGUUUGCCAAGCUUGGACAGUUACACUGCAAAAAGAAGAGUUUCAAGAAGUUUUGAGUACUCACUAAUGCUUCAACAUUUCAGUAUUUUUCAGGAUCUUGAGGGAAACUUCAGGUUUAAAGAAAUUAAUAGACCUACAUUUAUUUAUUUUUUACUCGGUAACAGAUGUGAUUUAAAAUGUAGCGAAGAACAAUACUUAAGUAAAAGUCAAAUUACAGAUUUUAAAACUACUUAAAAAGUACAAGUACACAAAAUAACUA